CCGCUUCGUCUCCUCUUGGCCUCUCCUCCAUCCCUUCGGAAAAACCCUAGCAAAUCCCCGCCUCGAUCGGAAGGAGACCAUGGCGACGGCGAGGCUCCGAUCCGCCUCCUCCCUCCGCGGGGUCCUCCUCCGCCACUGCUCCGUGGGAACCACCUCGCCGCCGCAAGUUUUCUCCCGCGUCUCAGAUCUUCAGGCUCCUGGAUGUAUUGCAUGGAAGCAUUUCUCAACAUUCAAGCCUAAUCCUCUUCCAAAACUUGAUGGCCUUGGUUCAGUCACUUGUUUGUACAGUCAGGCAAGAUGGGCUUCUCAAGCUGCUGCUGUUAAAGAAACUGAAAAUAGUGGCAGCAAGAUAAGCAUUGGGCCAAAAUCCAAGCAGAUCAAGGAAGAUGACAAAGAUGACAGGCUAGUUUACCAGGGACCUAUAUCAUCGACCAUAAGAAAAGUGAAGCUUCUUUCUCUGUCCACCUGCUGUCUCUCUGUGUCGCUUGGCCCUGUGAUAACAUUCAUGACAUCCCCAGAUAUGAAUGUAAUCCUCAAGGGCGCUGUUGCAUCCACUGUCAUUUUCCUCAGUGCUACCACAACGGCAGCCUUACACUGGUUUGUGAGCCCGUACAUUCACAAGCUCAGGUGGCGACCAGGUUCAGAUAGCUUUGAAGCAGAGAUUAUGUCAUGGCUGGCUACACCCCUCACAAGGACAAUCAAGUUUGCUGAUGUCAGGCCUCCAGAGACCAACAGACCUUUUGUCACUUUUAGGGCUGAAGGGAACUUCUAUUUUGUUGAUGCCGAGCACUUCCCGAACAAGGCUUUGUUGGCGAGGCUUACUCCCAAGCACCCUAAUGAGUCUGCAUUCAAGAACUUGUGAUUGAAGGUUGCCCAAUGACCUCAUGGCUGCACUCGCGUUCAUGAUCAUUUGUUGGCAGUUUACAUUUUUAUUGUGAUACCUCCCUGCUAAUACUUCCAGAAGAAGUAGUAUACUAUGUUAUUAGCGUUCCUUUAAAUCCAUGUGGAAAUCAGUAAAUGCUGGUGUCAUACUACGAUUUUAGUUAAGACACUGAGAUGGCGUGCUGACUGUUCUUAAUAAGUAGCGGUGACUUUUGCUUAGGACACCUCCCAACAUUCUGUUGUUUAUGAUGUUGCAAUGCUACACGCCCGUGUGUGCUUGGCAGUUUAAUUACGUGAUGCUCUUGUUUUGGCUUAGAGAUA